UCACCAACGGGAAAACAUCACAUGUGUAGAAAACAAGCCGUGGAUAGACAGAGGGUGUGACUCCGCCUAUUGAUCAAAGAACAUCCUCCUCCCUUUUGUCUUUUCUUCAGUUUGGUAACUUCUCUAAAAGCAGCGUGGACGGACGAAUCGUCGCACUUUUUUUUUCGUGGGACUUUGGCGCAUCGGACAGGCAGACCGAGUCCACCAACGAGCUGAGAAGAAACUUUUUCCUCUUUACUGAGGGAAGUUGUGUUUCAUGGAGUCUUUGUGGAAAUCAUUUAUUCUCAUCACAGCGGCGAGGUUUGGAGCCAAAUUACUGUCCCAUCAUUACAAAGUUACUACAUGAUGAGCAGUCAAUCGUUGCAGACCGUCAUUGACCCAGUGUUUCGAAGCAAGAUGCCAUUAUUCGAUGGGACCAUAGCAUCCGCUGGACUGUCAAAGCCACAAAACAUGCCUGGUUUCCUUGGUAAGCACGCACUGCAGUACAGCGGGGCCUACUUUACGUAUGACCCCAGAGUAAAGGACGGAGCAGGAUUCACUCCUCCUUGGAGCAACUCAAAGACCUCACUGCUGGAUGGCAGAAGUCCUGUGAGUCACCUCUCUGGCAUGGAUGGACAAAACCACAUAAUUUACAGGCAAGACAGCAACUCCUCAGAGGAGGGCCAUUCUCAUUCUUCCUCAAUGCGUCAUACCCCAGUAAAACAGGGCUUUACACCAUACACUAAAAGUUCUGGGAUCAGCAGUCCUACAGCUGCAUCAGUGGCUGUCAGAAAACAAAAAACUGGAGGUGAGAAUUCAUCCCCUGCAUCUGAAAAUUCAGUUUACUUGGCGAUUCCGAAGCCAGUUUAUGGACAUAACCCCUGCUGUAAUGAACUGGGUUGUGUGAUAGGACAACAAUACAGUAUGGAACAUGGAUCUCAGAGGAUCCCAAACACUGUCUAUGAGCAUGAUUGGAUGCAAACUGAUGCUCACUACAGUGAAAGAUCGCCCAUCCAGAGGAAGGCACAAGACACACGGAGAGGUUUACAGUUUGAGCCCGGCGCAGAACCAAUCAAGAGGAUGACUGUGGACACAUACAGCCCAAGUAGAGCAAGGACUCUGCCUGCAAUGAUUGAGCCAAACUACAGCAGUUACCCCUGCACGCCAACUCGCACUCUGUUUGGUUCUUUAAGUGAGCAGAGCCAGCACUUACAGACAUCCCCCAGAGGCUACCCUAGCCUAUACCCCUCCCAUCCUACAUAUGAGCAUAUGACCUCAGAGGUUUAUCAGGAACGUUCUCACAUGUCCAAAUAUGGUCAGCUAACACAGCACCCAAUGUUUUACUACCCCCAGGCAAAUGUGGAGGUAGAAAACAGGACACAGUGUAAAGAUAUUGGUGGUAAGCAGAGAGAAGAUGUCCCUGUUAUUCUUAAACACACACUCUCAGCACCCCAGGACCAUUACUUAGUGCAUCAGUCGCUUCAUGGUGAGAUUCCUUUGCCUAGCACUGAAACAAUGCCAAAUCAUUCCUUUAUACGGGGCUUUGACUAUCCAUAUUAUGCAGUCCCCAGAUUUCAUUUAAAUGCAAGCCAAAUCAGAGCCCCCCUAAAAAGGCAGCAUGCACUGCCUAGCUGGCACUCUAAUCGCAUAAAUGUUUCCCCAUCCGGCCAACACAUGGAUCUCCCCAUGGCCUCUGUAGCCAACCUGCAUAAGAACAAGCCCAGCACCAGCUUGCAUGUUGACCAGUCGCACACCUCCUCACCUUUCCUCCUUGUCGACCAAUCCAGUCCAACCAGACGUGUAGGCCAACCUGGAGUUUCACCCUCCAGCAUACAAAUUAACAGAUUUUUUCCCCCACUCACCAGCCUGCACAUAGAUCGACCCAUCCUUCCGCCAGCUGGCUUAAACAUGGACAGACUCCUGGACUAUUCAUCUUGUGAAGCCCAAGUUACGUGCCCGAAACAACCAAAAGACCUUCCUGUUUCCCCAGUGGCAUGGCUGCCCCGGUCACCUAAUCACAGUUCAGAUCACAUCCACACAGCUGUAACUAAUAGUGCAAAUGUCCGAAAAAUUAUUUAUUCCCCUGCUGUUGCAACAGGAAAUAAACACAAUGGCCCUACAUCCAGUUCAGCUGCCUCUGUUCUUAAAGGGACCCUGAAGAGAAGUGUUUCUCACUCAUCUCCACCCAUGAAAAUAAAAGAAGAGGACAGGGAUUUAUGUGAAGUGGACUUAAUUAAGAAACGACAAAAGAUGGAAAUGGAGAAUGGACAAGUAGGGAAUAAAACUGACUCUCCUCCUAUGCCAGUCAUCGACAAUGUCUUCAGCCUGGCACCUUACCAAGCAUACCUGCAGGCCUCUGGAGUGUUGUUUCCAGGCAGAAUACCUCCGAGAACUGUCCAGUCUUCUGAGCACUGUGUAGUCAAACCCAAGCCAUGCAUCAAAGAAAAGAGGCCAGAUCGAGAUCAGCAGCAGCCUGUUGUCCGUCCAGUUUAUAAAAACAUCUGUCCAGAUACUCCAACAGAGAAGCCUGUUGUAGAAAUCCUUGAACCCAAAAAUAUUAAAGUGGAAAAAGUAGAUCCACCAGAAACAGACAACUCUGUAGAGAGUUAUGUUGGUCAGAAGGACUGCAGCAAAAUAACAAUAAAAAAAGAGCCUGAAGAUGCUGGUUUUCCUGACAGUGGGCAUGACAUGUUGGUUAUUAGGAAAUGUGAACCUGACGAACUUGAAAGUAAACCCUCAUUAGCAGAUGAAAACAAGACUUCAAAUGAGUCCAAACCUGCCAAGGUGACUGCACAGAUUACCUCACCUUCUCAGGGUGAUACAAGCAUAUCACGUGAUCAGGUGGUCAACCCUCACCCCAAACCUAUUACUACACCUCAACCACCUGACACCAAACUUAAUUUCAAAAACAUUCCUCCCCAGUGUCUUAAACUUUCCACCUAUAAAAUCAUUCUCCCUGAUACAAAGCAUCCUUGCCCUGUUCCACCCCAACAGAAGCCACCUGUACAGCCGAUGACUGAAUUCAUACCAAAAGUAGAGCUCCAAAUGCCAGUCCGCAAGCACUUUUUAGAGCUGCACCAGUCUCUCUGCAAGCUAGUAUCCAAAUCUGUGUCAGCCUCUUCAGAGCAGGAGCUCAGAACCUGGUUGUCUCAGCUGGAACUGACUGAACCUGCAUCUCCAUCGACCAAAGUCCAGAAAGUGUCCUGUUUGUUGGGGAAAAAGGCCAGAGAGGUGUGGCUCAAUGAGGAGAUGAAGUCAGCACUCCAAAAGGUCCUUGACAGGUUGCGAGAGUACACUGCCCAGGAACGCUGCCCUUUUCCACAUGUCAUGCGGACAGGGGCAGUGUUCCUCCCUAUGUUGGUGGUGAAAGAACUGCUUUUUCCGAUGGUCCAGGGCAGCUUCGUCGACCAGGUCCUGCAGGAGCACAAAGUGGAACUGCGGCCCACCACGCUCUCUGAAGAGAAGAUCCUCAUCCAGCUUCAUAAACGAGCCUGCUCCUCCAGGCUCAGGAGACUGAUGUCCCUCAAACACCUGCCUGACAUCUACGCUGAUGUGCUCAACCUUUUGUACUACGCCUGUGUCUGCAAACACCUAGGAUUAGACAUGGGCGACUCUGUUAAAAGAGAACAAGAUGAAGGUUGUGAAGAGACUAACAGCUGCAAGAGUUCUGUCUGUUCAGAUGUCGCCACCUCAUCCUCAGAAUCACACCCACAGAGACAUCCGCAGGACCACGAAACAAAAUCACAUUUGAACAGGAAUAAAACAAAAAGCAGGGUUAAGAGCAGUUCACGGCGUAUGUUUCUGGACAGCAGUUUGUCAGAUAAGGAAGAGACAGAUGACACAGAAAGUGGAGGCAGACUGAAUGCAUUUAGCAAGAAAAAUGGGAGUGGCCAUCAGUGUGAAGAGGCUGAGAAUAGAGGAAAUGACUGUUUGGUUGCAGAGCAGGACUCUUGUGAGAAUUCAUGGACAUGUCCUUUAACCUUUGACGACCUCUCGCCAUCUCCCAGUGACACACAAAUAGAGGAACCCUCCAGUUUGCCUCCUGCCUGUCAUUCUUCAGGACCAGCCGAAUUUCAGCUUGCAUCCAAGAGUCGUUCGGGUGUGAUUCUCAAAUUGAGGAGGAUGUUUAGUAAAAGUCUGAACAGAAAAAAGGCUUGCUACCAAGCAGUUUCGGACUCAUUUACUGAUCCUUCCCUCUCGCAAACGCAGGAUGGGAAGGGAAAGAGGAACAGCAAGGGGGACUUCCACACGAGGACGCCCAAAGUAAUCCACAGGUGGCAGAGAACAGGAAGCUUCUCUCAUGCCUUAAGACCCCUCAGGAGCUCUUCUAAAAGAAAACACAGAUCUCUAUUAAAGAUCAAAUACUGUCCCUAUUUGUCUGCCUGCCACAGCGCUGAACACAGGAGGCGAUGGGUUCUGCGUUCGGCUGUCCGGAGGGCUCGGGGAGCCAUGAGAUUCUACUAUCCAGACCUAGUGGGAAAGAGGAUUCGUCAUCUAUAUGAGGAAGAUGACAAGUCAGAAGUGUGGUACAGAGGAGAGGUGCUGCGAAUUCACGAGGCCCACACCAACCCGCUAAAGACUAUAUUUGAGGUCAGGUAUGACAGUGAGCCAGAGUGGAAGUACUACCUGGAGCUGCUGAUAGACUAUAAAAAAGGCUGGCUCAAAAUUGAAGACUAGCUUCCCCAAACAAAUGGUGCUGUCAGUUUUGUUUUUGGUCACCUUACUGAGUGCAAUGACACCUUCUACUGUUGUUUUUUUUUUAACUGUUGCCAACAACAAGUUGAUAAGCCAUAAAUAUCUGUCUGACUUCCUAAAGAAUGAGCUAUGACUGGGUGCAUUUUGUAGGGUAAAGCAGCUUUCUGUAGAUGUUUUAAGCUCUUUUCUUGGACACAUUGAUCAGUGGCUUUACCGGUUAAUGCACAAGUUAGACUGUGGUUAUCUGAAAGAAAUGUCAUGAUCUUGUGCUAAAAAAACAAAUGUCCCUUAGUUUCUUUUACACUUAAAUUGUAAGCAACUAUGAAGUUAGGUAUUUAUAUUAAUUCUUAAGUCCUAAAUGUCCACUUUUGUUUUAAAAUAAAUUCUGAGUGAAGUUAGUGACUGAUAUAUAUUUUUUUUCUAUUUUUUAUUUUGCCAGUAAGAAAAAGAAAUCAGCAAAUGACAUGGGGACAUUUUUUUUAAAGAGUUUUACUGUCAGACAGUAUCAGCCACAUGUAUAUAGGUUUACAAUAAAGGUGCAAAUCUUGUAUGUCAAAGAGUAAUUUUCACCUCAUCAUUGUGGUUGGUGUUAUUUUAUUGUGUGUUACUGACGCUGGACAGGCAUUCAUGGAGUUCUGUACCAAGCUGCUCAAGAGGUUUUUUUUAAAGACACACCGGCUCAGAUGUCCCCAUGUCAGUGUUUGUAAUCACUGUGAACCUGAAGACUUUCACCUCAGAUUUUAUUUUAUAUUAAUUUUGUAUAAUUUUCUUAUACCUCUUAGAUCGAAUUGAACUGUCUGAAAUAAAUGUUUGUAAUGA